GUGAAGCCGCAGUUCUGCCAUCACUCAAGAUGGCUGCCCCCAUCAAGAUGACCGGGGUGUGCCUGGGGGAAAGGGGCAGCAUGAUGGUAUGAGAAGGUCUAGCGUCGGACUAUGUGGAAGUUUCUGGGACUGGGGAGCCGGAUAAUGGGGGGUGGGGCCCGUGGAGGGUAGAGGGAGCAACAGCGUCCUUUCCCAGGCGAACCCCGGCCCCUCCCUGACCUCUCUACUGAAAUGGGGAACACACUAGGCCUGGCACCUAUGGGGGCUUUGCCCCGCCGGAGCCCCCGUCGAGAGGAACCUCUCCCCAACCCUGGGAGCUUUGAUGAGCUGCACCGGCUAUGCAAAGAUGUAUUCCCAGCACAGAUGGAGGGAGUGAAGCUCGUUGUCAACAAGGUUCUGAGCAGCCAUUUCCAGGUGGCUCACACUGUGCACAUGAGUGCUCUGGGUUUGCCAGGCUAUCAUCUUCAUGCGGCCUAUGCAGGGGACUGGCAACUUAGUCCCACUGAGGUGUUCCCCACCGUGGUGGGGGAUAUGGACAGCAGUGGCAGCCUCAACGCCCAGGUCCUGCUCCUCUUGGCAGAGCGGCUCCGAGCCAAGGCUGUCUUUCAGACGCAGCAGGCCAAGUUCCUGACCUGGCAGUUUGAUGGCGAGUAUCGGGGAGAUGACUACACAGCCACUCUGACCCUAGGAAAUCCAGACCUCAUUGGGGAAUCAGUGAUCGUGGUCGCUCACUUCCUGCAGAGCCUCACACAUCGACUGGUGCUGGGAGGAGAGCUAGUUUAUCACCGGCGGCCAGGCGAAGAGGGGGCCAUCCUGACACUGGCUGGGAAGUACUCGGCUGUACACUGGGUAGCUACGUUGAAUGUGGGAUCAGGUGGGGCCCAUGCAAGUUAUUACCACAGGGCAAAUGAGCAGGUUCAGGUUGGAGUGGAGUUUGAAGCAAACACAAGGCUACAAGACACAACCUUCUCCUUUGGUUACCACCUGACUCUGCCCCAGGCCAACAUGGUAUUUAGAGGCUUGGUGGAUAGUAACUGGUGUGUGGGUGCUGUGCUGGAGAAGAAGAUGCCCCCCCUGCCUGUCACCCUCGCCCUUGGAGCCUUCCUUAAUCACUGGCGCAACAGAUUCCACUGUGGCUUUAGCAUCACUGUGGGCUGAGGUCAUCCCAGAGCCAGCCCACACAACAGCGGGAGCCUCUGAGUCAGGUGUCCUGGGGCCAGAGCCCUCUCCAGAGCCCACCUUGCUGGGUGACCUCCGGGUCCCAAGAGCAGGAUGGGGACAGGACCACAACCUCCUCAGAACUGGUGCUGCCAUAGGGGCAGCUGCUGAGGCAGUGGUUUGAGUCUCCCACCUCUGCCAUCAGUCCAGUACCAUCUUCCUAUGCUCUUACGGCUCUGGACUAGGGAGAAGAAUUAAGGGGUAUGUCUGGCUGAAUUUUCUCUCCUCACUCCCACCUCCUUUAUUUCUCUGUGGAUUAAAGCUCCUAGCCUCUUUCUCUUCAGAGCAGAAAGAUCUGCAUGGGAUUUACUCCCCAUUCUGUGUUCCGUCCCAGAGUUUCCCAAACUGGGAAAAGAAGGGCUGAAGGGCUCAAUCUUUGACCUCAGAAAGUGGGGCUCACCUGUUCCCGGAAGGAGCUUCUUUACCUCUUAGCCCUGAGGCUUCCUCCUUCCCCAUCUUCUGUGCUUCCAGAGAACAACUUUGUCCCCACAGCCACCCCUCACUCUCCCUAUGACUGCAUGAAGAGGCAGUUACUGCUUUAAUCUUUCUUUGCAACCAAUGGGCUCCCUGUUUACUGUCUCCAACCUCUGGCCCCAGGAUUCUCCCCUUUCCAGUCCAACGUGUCCAGAUGGGGCUAGGGAAGGAGGUAGAUUGGGCCUCAGCUGCAGAUCUCUUGGAGCAGUGGCAUCAUGGUGGACAAUCCCUGGAUGUUCUGGAUUUGGUACCAAAAUGCAUCGUGAAUGCUUCGGAGAUCAGCCAACAGGCCCAGCAGCUUCGCAUAUAGAAACCUUUGUGGUCACCAGGGAAAGAGGAGAGAAAUAAGACAGCUAAGAGUCUUGUCCUGAGGCCCUGACCCCCUGAAUUGCCUCUCAGUGAAGCUAGGUCUGAACACCAAGUUCCAAAGGGGGCUCUGUGUGACACUGACUUCUCUCACCAUGCUGUUUUUCUGGAACCCAGAGCCCAGAGGUCCAAGUGACAGAUCUUCAACUGUGUGGAUCUGGCCUCGUAGAGCAGGUUCUAGAAGGUGGGUGUGUUCUAUGGUAUUAUAACCCUCUUCUGAUCAAACUGGCACAUUGAGGAAUAAGCAAAAUAGAAGUGGAGAGUGCCCCAGAGCCUGGUUAGCUCAUGGACUGUGGAACCAGGGACUGGCUUUGGCCAUGAAACUGAAUGACCAUAACUUCAAGGGGAAUGAAAAAGGAAUUGGGCCAAUGGAGAGGAGGGGAAGGGCCAACAGAGUGAACAAGACUCUUGAGGAGGUUGCUUUAGUCUGGAGAAGUUGGCUUGGUGAGGUGAUGGAUGUCAUCAAUCUCAGGAAUGCUAUUACGCAGAGCCUGUGAGCUACCACUUUGCAUCUCUGCUGAAUAAAAAGAUCUGGAAAAAGU